UCUGUGCACUGAUAACCCCUCUGUGGUCCUGUGGGUCUACUUUGUUUUUUUUUACAUUUCUUUUCUCCUCUUCUUUUUCGCUGCACUACUCUCAUCCCCCUCUUCCUGGUCGGGUCAGCGUUGAAGAUGUCGGGACGGACGGUGCUGCAGACGGCACUGGUGCUAUGGCUGGCUCAGGUCACUCUGCAGGGAGGCACAGGGUAUAGGCCACAUAAUGGCGGGGUUGGACGGAUGUUAAUCCCAUCAACAGCUCAUCUUGGACCACAGGCAGCCAACGGCUACGGGAAUGUUAAGGGAAACGGUUAUGGAUCUGCACCUGUUGCUGCUGCCAAUGGACCACAGGCAGCCAAAGGCUACAGCAACGGGAACGUUAAGGGGAACGGUUAUGGAUCUGCACCUGUUGCUGCUGCCAAUGGACCACAGGCAGCCAAAGGCUACAGCAACGGGAACGUUAAGGGGAACGGUAAUGGAGCUGCUCCUGUUGCUGUUGCCAACGGCUACGGAAAUGGGAACGUGAAGGGGAACGGUUAUGGAGCUGCACCUGUUGCUGCUGCCAAUGGUCCACAGGCAGCCAAAGGCUACAGCAACGGGAACAUUAAAGGGAAUGGUAAUGGAGCUGCUCCUGUUGCUGUUGCCAACGGCUACGGAAAUGGGAACGUGAAGGGGAACGGUUAUGGAGCUGCUCCUGUUGCUGCUGCUAAUGGACAUGGUGCUAAAGCCAACGGUUAUGGAGCUGCACCUGUUGCUGCUGCCAAUGGACCACAGGCAGCCAAAGGCUACAGCAACGGGAACAUUAAGGGGAACGGUUAUGGAGCUGCUCCUGUUGCUGCUGCUAAUGGACAUGGUGCUAAAGGCAACGGUUAUGGAGCUGCACCUGUUGCUGCUGCCAAUGAUCCACAGGCAGCCAAAGGCUACAGCAACGGGAACAUUAAAGGGAACGGUAAUGGAGCUGCUCCUGUUGCUGUUGCCAACGGCUACGGAAAUGGGAACGUGAAGGGGAACGGUUAUGGAGCUGCUCCUGUUGCUGCUGCUAAUGGACAUGGUGCUAAACCCAACGGUUAUGGAGCUGCACCUGUUGCUGCUGCCAAUGGACCACAGGCAGCCAAAGGCUACAGCAACGGGAACGUUAAGGGGAACGGUUAUGGAGCUGCUCCUGUUGCUGCUGCUAAUGGACAUGGUGCUAAACCCAACGGUUAUGGAUCUGCACCUGUUGCUGCUGCCAAUGGACCACAGGCAGCCAAAGGCUACAGCAACGGGAACGUGAAGGGGAACGGUUAUGGAGCUGCUCCUGUUGCUGCUGCUAAUGGACAUGGUGCUAAAGGCAACGGUUAUGGAGCUGCUCCCAUUGCCGCCAAUGGACACGGUGCUAAAGCCAACGGUUAUGGAGCUGCUCCUGUUGCUGCUGCCAAUGGACAUGGUGCUAAAGCCAACGGUAACGGUGCUCUACCUGUGAUUGCUAAUGGUCAGAAUGGGAAGCCCAAUGGAAAACCCAAUGGUUAUGGUUCUCCCAAUGGACAGGGUGCUGCUCCCAAUGGUUAUGGUGCAGGCAAUGGACAAGGAGCCAAACCUAAUGGUUAUUACCCAGCCCCUCGUAAUGGGAAUGGAGGCUAUGGAGGAGCUGGUGCCAAGCCAUACAAAGGUUACGGACGUCCUCCAUUCGGCGUGGGGAUCGGCAGAGGUAUGGAAGUGCCCCAGCUGGCCUCGCAACCCAGGGGAGGUUAUAAUGGAAAUGGCUAUGGAGCACAACCCUACGGAGGUAUGGGAGGCUACCCCAGACCUGGAUUUGGUUUAGGUGGUGGAUAUGGCGCUAAAGCUGCCAAAUCAGGUUAUGGAGCAGGAGCCGGCGUCCCCAAUGGCAACGGAGCAAGACCUAAUGGAUAUGGUGUUCACUCUGGAUACCCCAAUGGCGGUCCCAAGGGCCCCAAACCAGGUUAUGACACUCCCUCUGCUGGUGCUAAUGGACAAGCAGCUAAACCCAACGGUUAUGGCGCUCCCUCUGGUGCAGCGAAUGGACAUGUAGCCAAACCCAACGGUUAUGCCACUCCCUUAGGUGCAGCAAAUGGACAGGGCGCCAAACCCAACGGCUAUGGUGGAUAUCCCAACAAAGGAGGGGUAAAGGGUCCUAAACCAGGUUAUGGAGGAAUGCCUAAUGGAUAUGGGGCCAGACCCAAUGGCUAUGGGGGCUAUCCUCUUGGAGGAGGAGCCAAGGCUCCCAAGCCAGGUUAUGGACCUGGUGCUGGACAAGGACCCAAACCUGGUGGGUAUCCUAAGGGAGGAGGAAGUGGAGCACCCAAGACCCCAGGAACUGAAGUCAGUGGAAGACCAGAGUCCGGCCCAAAUCCUGCUGGUAUUCCUGCUCGCCCAGAUUUGCCUAAAGUUGAUAUGACUGGUUAUGGCGGAAAAAUUAAGGGUGAGAUCCUCAGUCCUGUGCAGCCAACCGCUGCCCCAGUACCAACAUACACAAAGGGAAUCCCCCCAGCCGAACCUGUCCCAACCCAUGGAGCCCCCAUCCCACCAGAGCCCACCAAGGGAGUAGUUCCGGUAGUUCCUCAGGACAAAGUUCCUAAACCAGGACCAGCGACCCUGGCUCCUAUGGUGACAGGUGGGAAAGGCCCAAAACCUGAGUCACCUGGAUCUGUUCCUGUCAUUCCACAAGGAAAAGCACCUAAACCAGUCCCACAAGGUUUCGUGCCAGUUGUGCCCCAAGGAAAAGGUCCAAAGCCAGUGGCCCCUGCUCCUGGUCCAGUAAUUCCACAAGGAAAGCCACCAAAGCCAGCAGUUCCUGAACGAGUUCCUGUGAUUCCACAAGGAAAACCCCUAAAGCCAGCAGUUCCUCAGCAAGUUCCUGUGGUUCCACAGGGAAAACCCCCAAAGCCAGCUUCUCCUGAACAAGUUCCUGUCGUUCCACAAGGAAAAGGCCCAAAACCAGUGUCACCAGCACCACCGGCCUUCGUCACUCAAGGCACUGACAACAUUGUAGCCAAUGGAGGAUUCCCAAUCUUGGACAUAGAAAACAUGGGUUAUGUAACAGGAAGUGCAGUCCCUGAACAGAAACCAGUGGUUCCUGAGGCGAAGGGCCCCAAAGUCCCAGGGCCCGGAACCUCCCCCGAGAGACAGGCCCCCAAAAGGGUGCCCGUGCCUGUGCCUGAGCCACAGGGGGUGCCCAGUGGGGGGCCUGAGCCCGGGCCGCCGGGGAACCCCAAAAACGUGCCCGCGGUCACUAAAGGUGUCCCCACGGAGGCGUUCACUCCUGGAGCUCCUGUUGAUAACACCCCGCCAGUGGACACGGAAGUGCAGGGCCCUAAAGCAGUGCCUGAACUCACUGGUCUUGGCCAACCCAAUGGACAGGCUCCUAAACCUAAGCCUGACUGCGGUCCAGAUGGACGUCCAAACGGACAGUGGACUAAACUGCCAUAUCCCGGUUACGGAACAUUAGGUGGAUUGCUUAACGGCUACAGACAGAAGCCUAAUGGAUAUGGAGCAGGAGCAGGAUAUGCUAAUGGAGGAGGAGCCAAGGCCCCUAAGCCAGUUUACGGUGCUGGAGCUGGCGGAUACCCUUCAGGUGGACUGAGCAAUGGCUACGGACCAGCCCCUGGAUAUGGUGGGAAGCCAAAGAAGGCUGGUUAUGGGAAUGGACAGGGCCCGUAUCCUGGUGCUGGCUAUGGUAAUGGCAUGGCUCCAUCUGGGAUGGGAGAGGCCACAAAAGGAAAGCCAGGCUAUGGAAAUGGAUUUGCGCCCCUUGCUUACCCAGGUUACGGUCCUGGUGCUGACUAUCUUGGAGGAGAGGGCAAAUCGGCGGGAGCAGGAGACAUCUCGGGACCGGCGGCUGAACCAGCAGUGGACCCUGCAGCUGGGAAAUAUGGAGCAGGAAAACUCCCCUACAACGGAGCACCAAUCGUCCCCGCUGGACUUGAUGGAAAUAGUCAGUUCCCCAUGGAGCCCCAGACUGCUGGCCUUGGGCCUGAUGGGAAAUCUGGUGGAGCUUACGGUGGACUUCCGUAUGGGGGCCAGCCAAUGGGCUAUGGAGGAGAGGGGAAGUCGCAGAUGAAGUAUGGUGAGCCUUACGAACCUGAUAUAGAAGGCAUUGGGGGUUUGUCUUUUGGGGGUUCACCCAUGGGACUGGGUCCAGAGCCCUCAGGACAAUAUGGAGCUAAUAUGCCCUAUGUUGCACAGCCAUAUGAUGCUAAAUCAGCUGGUAAAUAUGGAUAUGGAGGCCCAGCUCUGCCAUACGAGUCUCAACCCCUUGGAUUAGGAUCCGAUGGGAAAUCUGGGGCCAAGUAUGGACUCGGAGGACUCCCGUAUGGAGGCCAACCCGCGGGCCUGGGAGGGGACGGGAAAUCUGCCGCCAAAUACGGGGGACUGCCUUAUGAAGCACCUGGGCCUCAAGGCCAACCUGAUGGUCAGUAUGGGGGACUGCCUUAUGAAGCACCUGGGCCUCAAGGCCAACCUGAUGGUCAGUAUGGUGCACCAGAGGGCCACUACUCUCCAGAAACCAUCUCCCUGGGAGGCAAUGCCAAGUCAGGAAAGUAUGGAAACCCAGCUUUGCCGUAUGAAACUCUCCCCAUGGGCCCCAUCACGGAUGGCAAGUCGGUGGAACCUUUAGCUCCGUAUGAGGCCCUUCCUCCGGUUCCGCAGAUUGAUGGGGUCAAAUCCAUCGACCAGUUUGGAGAGGGAGAGCUUCCACCACAGCCACAGCCUGAUGGUCAAGUUGUACUGGGAGAGGGAGCAGAGAACCCUACCACAGGUAAAGGUGAUUAUGUAACUGGAGCCUUUCAACCUGAAGUCGUUUCCUUCUCCCCUGCUGCUUCCGCUGGCCCCGCCCCAGUCGACAGCGACGCUGCUCCCUCAUUGGCUCCCGCGCCUGCUGUCUCCGCCCCGCUGCCGGAUGACUCCUCGCUGCCCCCGUUGUCGCUUGUGGUGCCCCUGGUGUCGGCGGCGCCCCCUGCUGGUGAUGGCGGGGAAGUGCCGGGUGCCGACGGGGCCCCCCCAAGCCAGCCCCCCCCUCAGGCUUCCGUCCACGAGGCCGAGCUUCCGCCAGUGCUGCUGCAGCCGGGGGCCCACUCACACCAGAUACACAUCCAACAGCACCUCAAGUUCCACUUUCACCCCAAGUCAUGGAAAGGUGGCAAAGAAACCAAGUAUGAGCUAAAUGGAUUCUUUGGUAAUGGUUACCAAGGCUAAUCAUGCAGAUGGGAACCACAUAGAUUAAAUAUAUAUCUUUUACUUGAUAUGUUUGUAUUUCUAUUGUCAUGGUUGUUGUAUAUUUUUUAUUAAUUACAUUUAGUUUUUAUGUCUAUAAUUGGCCAUACUUUUGUAUUAUUGUCCAUAUCCAGUGUAAACAAAUGUUUAUACAAGUGUUUUCUGUCAAUGAGGUCUUUCCCUGAAUGUUUACUUUAGAUUUGAUCUCAUGUUUUUUUUAUGCAUAAAACAAGUUUCUGUCCAUUUGUCUUUCAGCUGAGGUGUUUUGGAGACCUUUGUGAUGUUCAUGUUAAUUGUAUCACUUCAUUUCUCAUGCAUCAUAAAUAGAAUAGCUCUGAUAAGAAAUGUUGACAGUCCAUCUGUUGUAAUAGACAGAUAAGAAAAAAUAUACAAAAUUACACUCCACUCAAUUUACCCGCAAGCGCAUGUUGUGUACAGAGCGCACUAGAAGGCACUGUGAACUACACACAAAUACGUUUAUUUUGCGUGAGAAAGCUGAUAUACUUCCUGUGGCAAGCACCUGUCUGAUUUUUAGACACUUUUGAUUUAAUAAAAAAAAAACUUUAAACAUGAA